AUGAGCCUAGUAGCUUCCGUUAAUUAAGGAGGCUAAGCCAGAGAAACAUUCCAAGCCGAGGAGAGAGAAAGAGAGUGGAUAGCAGCCAUCAAUUCCUGCCAGGAAGCUUUCACCUUUCGUCCCAAAAAAAGCAGCGAAUUUACCAACCCAAACCCAAUGGAAAGGUCGCUGCUGCCUGCGGCUCGCGUAAUCCUCACUACUACUCCUCUCACUCACACUCACACUCCCCCUCACUCUCGCUCGCUAGCUUGGGCGGCGGCGAGGAUGCGGAAGGACGCGGCCGCUGGCGGCGGCGGCGGCGGCGGCAUUGCGGCCGGGCCGGCGCCCGCGCUCCUCUGCUUCGACCUCAAGCCGUUCCUCGCCGCGCUCACCGUGCUCACGCUCAUCACCGCCGCGUGGCAGCUCCGCUCCUACAGCUCCGUCCUCCCUUCCCCAUUCCCCGUCUGCGCCGACCCGGCCGCGCUCUCGCCGCCCCGCGCGCUCGCCGUGCGCACCGUGGCGUCGAGCGGCAAUGCGAGUGUCUCCUCCGACCCUGGUGGGCCGCCCGCCUCGCUGCCGGAGGUGGGGAACAAGAAGCCGGUGGCGGCGGCGGCGGCGGCCGAUCCCAACAGGCGGGAGUUCCGCGCGGUGGGCAGCGCGGCGGCGCUGUUCGUCCAGAUGGGCGCGUACCGCGGCGGGCCGUACACCUUCGCCGUCAUCGGCCUCGCGUCGAAGCCGACGCACGUGUAUGGCAAGCCGUGGUUCCGCUGCGAGUGGGUGCCGAACGCCAAUGGCUCGGCGGCGGCGGCGGCGGCGCGGCCGAUGCGCGCCGCGAACACGUACCACAUGCUCCCGGACUGGGGCUACGGCCGGGUGUACACCGUCGUGGUGGUGAACUGCACGUUCGCGCGGGUGCCCAACGCCGACAACGCCGGCGGGAAGCUCGUGCUGAACGCCUACUACGGCGCCUCCCCGGCGCGGUACGAGCGGAUCGUGGCGAUGGAGGAGGCGCCGGGCGCGUACGACGCGGCCGAGUUCCGGCCGCCGCACAGGUACGACUACCUCUACUGCGGCUCGUCGCUGUACGGGAACCUCAGCGCGGCGCGCGUGCGGGAGUGGAUGGCGUACCACGCGCGCUUCUUCGGCCUGCGCUCCCACUUCGUCUUCCACGACGCCGGCGGCGUGAGCCCCGCCGUGCGCGCCGCGCUGGAGCCGUGGGUGCGCGCCGGCCGCGCCACGCUGCAGGACGUGCGCGCCCAGGCCGAGUACGACGGCUGGUACUACAACCAGUUCCUCGUCGUCAACGACUGCCUGCACCGGUACAGGCACGCCGCCAGGUGGACCUUCUUCUUCGACGUCGACGAGUACAUCUUCUUGCCCGACGGGCGCUCGCUCGAGGCCGUCCUCGCCGAGCUCGAGCCCUACACGCAGUUCACCAUCGAGCAGAACCCCAUGUCGAGCAGGUUAUGUGCACGGAACCCCGACGAACCGGAGACGGACUACUCAAAUGAAUGGGGAUUUGAGAAGUUGGUUUUCCGGAAUUCAAUCACUGGGGUAAGGCGUGACCGGAAGUAUGCAAUUCAGGCCAAGAAUGCAUAUGCUACUGGAGUUCAUAUGUCGGAGAAUGUUAUCGGGAACACCACGCACAAAACGGAGCACCUCAUCCGAUACUACCACUACCACAAUACCAUCAAUGUGAUUGGCGAGGUAUGCCGCGAGUUUGUGCCCAUUCCACCCAAUGGUGGAUUAAUCUGGUCCGAGAAGACGCCCUGGUACUACGAUGACAGCAUGAAGCGCAUAGCCGACACAGUGCGGGAAUUCGAGAGGAAGACCAUUGGUGAUGUGCGAGUGUGAAUGUGCCAUGAUCGACCACCAGAGAAUGAACAGAUGUAUAGUAUUGCUGCUGUCCACUCGUGAGGAUUAGCAACGGCAUGAUGUGAUCAGCUGAACAGAUAACCUAUGAUUUGGACCCCUCUGAGCUGACAGAGAUGUGAAUUAAAAGUGAAGCUGCAACCCCAAACGAAUGGAUGUUUAUGCGCCACUACAAUUCAGUUUCUGCAAAGGUGAAGAUUUUGUAAACAGACAUCUCAUCACUGUAAAUCUCAUUGUUUUAUUUAUGAUAUAUAAAGUGUAUUCCAUUCACUCAAAGAUACAAUCGCAUAAGAAAUUUAUAUGACGACAGACUUGGUUCA